CACUGACUCACUCUCUUUCUUUCUCUAAACGCGCGCGAAAACCCUUUCGGCUUUCGCUAGUCAUUGAGCUGAGCAGUGCGGUCGCCGAAAAAAUGCCGGAGCUACCGGAGGUGGAGGCGGCGAGAAGAGCCCUGGAGGAGCAUUGCUUGGGCAAAACUAUCAAGAAGGCUGUCGUCGCCGAUGACUCCAAAGUCAUCGACGGAAUCUCUCCUUCGGAUUUGCAGUCCGCUCUCGUCGGCAAAACCAUAGUCGCUGCCCUCCGUAAGGGCAAGAAUAUGUGGCUGAAGCUCGAUACCCCUCCUUUCCCUUCCUUCCAGUUCGGAAUGACGGGUGCCGUGUACAUAAAGGGAGUGGCUGUCACAAAAUAUAAGAGGCAAGUCCGUUUACCCCAUUUCCUCUAUGACAUUUCUGUGCUUGAGAUCUUUCAGUCUGCGGUAAACGAUACUGAUGAGUGGCCUUCCAAAUUCUCGAAGCUUUUCGUUGAACUAGAUGAUGGUUUGGAGUUCUCUUUUACGGAUAAGAGGCGGAUGGCUAAAGUCCGCUUGCUCAAUGAUCCUGCUUGUGUUCCCCCAAUAUCGGAGCUUGGUCCUGAUGCACUUCUGGAGCCAAUGACUGUUGAUGAACUUCAUAAAUCAUUGAGCAAGAAGAAGGUUGCAAUUAAGGCUCUAUUACUUGAUCAGGGUUUUAUAUCUGGAAUUGGCAACUGGAUUGCAGACGAAGUUUUAUAUCAAGCCAGAAUUCAUCCUCAGCAGAUAUCUUCCAGCUUGUCUAAAGAAUACUGUGCAACUCUGCACAAGUUAUACAAUAUGCAGUUGAAGUUGAUGCUGAAUCAAGCUGCUUUCCACUUGAAUGGUUGUUUCAUUUUCGUUGGGGCAAAAAGCCUGGAAAAGUUAUUGGUUAUUGAACAAGCAGUAGAAGUUGGGGCAGACAGUAGUCAGUUCCCUAAGAACUGGAUAUUCCAUUCACGUGAAAAGAAGUCUAAGGCUUUUGUGGACGGGAAGAAGAUUGAGUUUAUCACAGCUGGAGGGAGGACAACUGCCUACGUACCGGAAUUGCAAAAGCUAACUGGAGACCAGGCUGGGAAAGAGCAACCUGCACCCAAGCAGAAAGCUCCGAAGAGAAAGAAGGGAAAAGAUGAUGCUGAUGAUGAUGAUGAUGACGGCAGUGAUGGUGAAAAGGAAUCAGAAAGUGACGAAGAGGAAACUUCCACAAAGGCCCGAUCCAAUAGAGCCUCGAAAACCAGAGGUCGUGCUAAGAAGACUUCUGCAGACAAUGGUGGUGAUAGUGAUGAACCUCAGAAUAAGACACCUGGAAAGACGAUCAAUAGCAAACAAACUAAGGCCGGGAAGAAGGCAUCAGAAGGCAAGGCCAGCAAGGAAAAUGGCAAGAAGCCAAAGAAGACUGCAGCGUAGAUCGUGUUAGAACGCACUGAGCUGGACCGGCAAGCACUUUUGGCAUGUAAAAAAUCUAGGUCUUCUUUAGUUUUGUAAGCAUCUGUUUUUGGCAGUCAUGCUUACGAGCUCUCCAGCAAUCCCUGUUUUGAGUUGGUUUUAGUAGGUGCUGAUGGCUUUUGUGAAUGGCGAGUGACUGUAAAAGGGCUCAUUUUGGACUCUGCCUGUUUUAAGAACUAGAAUGAUGUAGAUCUUCAAUUAAUGCUGCGGAAAGCACAUGCUAACUCAGUAGUACCAGAUAGUUCAGCC